CUUCAUUUCCGCUCGGUGGAUGGACGACUGAGGCUGUGGCGGUGGCGCUAGCCAGCCUCGCAUGCGUUGUUCCGGGCCGGUGAUGGCAGUGCCCGCACGCGCCUGCUCCCAGACGACGACGGCAGCCACCCCGCGCGCCUGCUUUGGGGCCGCGGCAUGGCCAGAGCGCGUGCUCGCCUACCCAUGGCGAUGACGCAGCCCGAUUCCGCAGCGUGGCCAGAUCCCGUGCUCGCCUGCUUGCGCGGCGGGGGCGGCCCGCGCUUGACCGCAUCUGCUCGACCAGCGCUCACAUGCCUGCUCACGGCGGUGGCGGGGACGGCCUGCGCGCCUGCUCGCAUGCUGGGCGGCAGGGGCGCUCGCCCGCGCGCUCGCGGCCAUGGCGGUGCUCGCACGUGUGCUUGUCUGCGACAGCACACGCCUGCGCGCUUGGUUGUGGCGACGCCCGCUUGCGUUUCGUGCUCGUUGUCUGCUCAAAGCGCGGCAGCAUAGCCCGGUGCUGGCAGCAGCAGGGACCGACUUCAGUGUCUGCGAAGCGUAAGCAUGCCUUCUCGUGGCAGUGGGACGCCGGUGCUCAAGUAGAAAAUUUGUGUGUUUGGCAUCUCAGACAGCUUCAAGCUGCGAUAAAUCUGCAGAGAUGUUUUUCUUUUAUUUUCUAUGUGUACGUAUGUUUAUACUCGAAGGUCGAAAGAAGCUGAAAAUAUAGAAAUUACUUAGUGCGAGUG